UUACCAACGCAACCGCCCUCAACCUCGACGGGCCCGCCCCUCUGUCCGUAGCCUCCCGUAGCCUCCCGUACGCCAAUCUCUUAGCCUCGACCAUGGCCCAUCAGUCGCCGCUGGCGUUUCCCGAUAUCCGCACUCUAUUUGAUACUACCGAUUCGCAAAUGAAUCAGCAGCCCGGUCUCGUUGACUCGAAUCGAAUCUUGACCCCGGCUCUGGAUCCGGCAGCCCUCUCGUCAGCGCCGCCCAAUACGGUCUCGCUGACAACAUUACACCACAGCUCGCCCCAACAAGUUCUGGCCCCGGUGACCUUUCAGCCCUCCUACUCUCCCGGCAUGCGGCCUCGUUUGUCGCCCUACAGCCGGCCCCAGAGUGCCCACUCGCACUCUCGCGGCCCGCCACCCACCUACGCCCAUCAGCGCAAGAUUAUGCGGACGCGAUCAGCAAACGACUUUUCGGGCCUCAGCAUGCCCGAGACCCGCCCGGUCGAGCUCACCUCCCCCGACACAAUCGCCCGGCCACCUCUGGGCUUCUCCCCGAACGUCGGUCCUGUUGCCGCGGUCGCCCUCAAGCCACCGUACAUGAUUCCCACAUUCCCCUCGCCGGGAAUGCCCUCGCAGAUCCAUCAAGCCUCCAUGGUCCCGCUCCAGUCGCUUCCCCAGGCGCACCCCUCGCCGUCACACAUGGUUCCGUCGACGCCCCACUCGAUAUUGUCGGGCGACUCGCCCUUCGGAGACCAGAUGACCAUCAGCUUUCCGCCGCUCGAGAGUCCGCUCAUCCAGCCUGCUGUGGGUGGCUAUCCGUCGCCGAUGGCCUACCCGCACAUGCGCCCUGCCCAUCUGCUGCAGGCCCAGCCGGUGAUGGUGUCCCACGAGAGCCUCUCGGCCGUCUCGAGCAGCCAUAGCAACCUCACCUCUUCCUUUACAAGUCCGUCCAUGUCCGGCCAUGAUCCUGCCGCCUUUGGUUCAGACGGAUACGCAUCACUCCACGAUGACGGCCUUGGGGCUGGCAACGACGAUCUCGACCUUGGCGAUGACAACGACUUUGACGACGACGAUGACGAUGACUUCCCCAUCGGCACUUCAUCUUCCGGCGGCUCGAAAAAGUCGCUCCGAAAAGCCGUGCAUCAGGUCUCGGAGCAGCGGCGCCGCCUGCAGCUGCGUCAGUGCUUCAAUUCGCUCGUCGAGAUUGUGCCGCUCGACAAGGUGCCCAUCGAACGCAGCGAAAAGAAGCGCACCCGGUCCCUGAACCGCAUCCAGAUCCUCCAUCGCACCCUCAAGUACAUCUACAUGCUGCAGGAACGUCGAGAGCGGCAGGAAGAGACCCUGUCCAGACUGAGGCAGGAGCUGCAGGAGCUGCAAGAGCCCGACAGCUCCUCUGGAUGAAACCAAUCCAAGCGACACUGCUGUGUUCUCUAUAGCUUCGCCGCGCUAUUGGUCUACUGGUCUACGGCGCUACUGCUCUUCCGUUUCUGUUGUCCCUCCUCCUCCUCUCCUAGUCUCUCCCCUCUCAGUCCCAAAGUGCCCUCCCUGUUCGCUCUGCCUCGAGCAGCAUAAA